CCCGCCUCUCCCCGCUCCCCCCGCCCCUCUCUCCUCACCCCACCCCGCCGCCCUCCCUCCGCCCGCCCGGCGCUCGCAGAGCCGACACCAGGGGGGCUCUCGAUGUAGCACCAUGACAGGCAUCGCCGCCGCCUCCUUCUUCUCCAAUACCUGCCGCUUCGGGGGCUGCGGACUCCACUUCCCCACCCUGGCCGACCUCAUCGAGCACAUCGAAGACAACCACAUCGAUACAGAUCCACGUGUCUUAGAAAAACAAGAAUUACAACAGCCAACUUAUGUUGCCCUCAGUUACAUUAAUAGAUUCAUGACGGAUGCUGCCCGCCGAGAGCAGGAGUCCCUGAAAAAGAAGAUCCAGCCGAAGCUCUCGCUGACCCUUUCCAGCUCAGUGUCCCGAGGGAAUGUGUCCACUCCCCCACGCCACAGCAGUGGAAGCCUUACUCCCCCCGUGACCCCGCCCAUCACCCCCUCCUCUUCAUUCCGCAGCAGCACUCCAACUGGCAGUGAGUACGAUGAGGAGGAGGUGGAUUACGAGGAGUCAGACAGCGAUGAGUCGUGGACCACGGAGAGCGCCAUCAGCUCGGAAGCCAUCCUCAGCUCCAUGUGCAUGAACGGUGGGGAGGAGAAGCCCUUCGCCUGCCCGGUGCCUGGAUGUAAGAAGAGAUACAAGAAUGUGAAUGGCAUCAAGUACCACGCUAAGAAUGGUCACAGAACACAGAUUCGUGUCCGCAAACCAUUCAAAUGUCGGUGUGGGAAGAGUUACAAGACAGCUCAGGGCCUGCGGCACCAUACAAUCAAUUUCCAUCCCCCGGUGUCGGCUGAGAUUAUCAGGAAGAUGCAGCAAUAACAUGCUGGUCAUAACUGUGCCAAGAAAUCCUCACCAGCAGUUGCUGAUUUUGAAAACAGCCACCUUUUUUCAGGGGAAGCAUUCAGCAACCCUUUAAAGAAUUAAAUGCAUGCUUUAAAUUUUUUCUGUAAUUUUGGAAUGAUGUCUCUUUGUAGAGUUAAUGAUUUUGUACAUUUGCACAUGUAAUCAUCAUACCCAUUUUCAUUACUUUGAUAUAAGGUGCUAAACAAACAACAAACAAAAAAGGCUCUAGGUUCUUCAGCACAUUUCCCCCAAAAUAAAAUAAAAUUGAGGGCAUGUUGCAUAUUGUUUAGUUGUAUUGCAUUGAUAUCAACUUGGGGGGGAGGAGGGGCUGGCACUGAAGUUUUCUUUCAAAGAUUGUAAUGUGAUUGAAGUAUUCAACACAUCAACUCACUCUGUUCAAAACCAAAAUACCUUCAUUAUCAAACUGGUUACCAUGCCUUACAUAAUGGAGUUAGUAUUUGUGAGUAGAGAGACUUUAGGUAAUGGAAAUAUAAAUAAGAAUGUUUAACAUAAUAUGCUAAAAGUAUUUUCAUAUUUAAAUAACAUACAUAAAGGUGUGCUUUCUGUGUUUUAUAUUAUUAUCUUGCAGCAAAUCUUUUUGCCCUUUAAGAAAAACCUGAAAACCUUGCCAUCUGACUUACCAAUUGUUUUAGUGUUAAAAGUGGCAUUUUUGUACACAAAAUAGUCUAUUCAGUUCGCUCAUUCAUAAGUUCGUUGAGUGCCUGCUGGGUGCAAGUUUUCUGCCUACUGAUAUUUACGGACCAAGAAACCAGUUUGAUGAAAUACCUUUCCCUGAAAUCUGUUCGGAAACACUUUGAAAUACUUAAGUGCAAAUUUGUGUGUGUGAAAUUUAGUUCCCUUCAUCUUUAGGUGAAGUUUUAAAGCACUUUGUAGUUCUCUAUUGCCAACAGAUUUAAUGUUUUGUGUGUUGCCAAUUCUUGCAACCACUGCCCUAAAAACCUCCAGGGUUGCAAAUCAGAAUUAAAAUUCCAAGCACAUUGUAUUCGGGAACAUUUUUGUUAAGACCCCUAUUGCCUCUUCAUGCUGUGUUUUUCAACUUUUUUAAAGGCACUUUCCUCACUACAUCGUAGAUGUCUGUAUUCCCACUGGAAUGUCUGUUUAGCUUUAUAAAACAUUUUGCUGAAAUAUGAAAUUGAGCCUUAUUGACAAUUAAGUGCUUCUUGCAGUCGGUGGUCAAAGAGUGACUGAUAGAUGACCCGAGAGUAACCACGUCUGGACCAUUCCUGAAGUUUUCUCACCGAUACCAUCAUGCCUUGAGUGUUCUUUUCUCCCAAGUGCUAUUCCUUAAACAUGAGUUUACCAAUUGCCGAAUUAUGCAAUAAAAAUUGCUUUGAGAUGACUAACUGCCCACAAAACUGGUGAAGGCAAAUGUGAACUGCUUAUAAAAUCGCUUUCUUUCCAUGUUCCCAUUUUACAAACAUCCUACAGCUGGGAAGCACGUGUCCCCUCCUCAGUUUUUAAGACAUUUUGAAAGGAAGACAAUUCUGUUAGCCAAAUGGGUAGCUUCUAUAUCUUGAGUUGUGAAUCCCUCAUAAUGAGAGAUAUCAAGUAUUUAUUAAAGACACUGCCCUCAAAAAUGUCCUCUGAUCUGGGAAGAAUCGUCUUGGUCCUGAAUACAUAUUUAAAAGGGAGAUCCAGACACGAGAAGUAACUAGUUGGUGCAUAAGAAGGCCCUACUUGGCUAUUUCAUAUCUACCUACAAUUGACCAAAACUUUUUUAGGCCAGCAAUUAUUAUUUAGCUUUGCUCCUUCUAGUGCAAGAAACUGCAGGCUGGAUCAGUAGUUCAACAGCUAAACAAACAGUCAUGAAAUAGUCAUGUGCAUGUUAAAUUUCUUUAAACUAUAAAACAAAUUCCAAUUUCUAUUUACUUAUUCAUUGUGACAGUAUUAAUAACUAAACAGGUAAGGAUGGGAAUAUUUUGUUAUACCGUGUAUAGUGAAUGUAUUGUACUGUGUCUGUGAAAACUGUGCUUUAAAUUAUAUUUUCAUAUGUUCUGUUGGGGA